AUGUACAAUGUUGACUGCUUGGAUGCUGUUGGUUCAGUUUUAGACAGGCACAAAUAUUCUAACAGGAUACGUAUUACAGGAACGGAGUAUUGGCUUGGUGAUCCUGAAGGUCAUGGCACGGAAAUGGCAGGGAGCAUUGCAGGAUCGAUCUACAAUCAGCAUGAUAAAGAAACCGGUGCUGCACCGGAUGCCAAGAUCAGCGUGUAUGACGGUAACGAUUGGCCCCACACAGGCAGCCAACUGUUCGUCGACCCAGCGGAGUAUCGCUACAAGGCGGUACUGUUAGCUAGGAUCCCAGUUACCCAGUCGAUGCAGGUCCGGAUCCGCAACAAAACACACGACAGCGAAUACCAGCUGCUGAUCGAGAUGCACACCACGCAACACGCCAGCUCACGGUACACGAAGGUGCUGAAGCUUUCAUCAUAUCAGAAAGCUUGGGUUCCGAAUCCUGGUAUGAUGCAAGAUAUGGCUCUGAAGCACAUGAUAUAG